AUGGGUUCUCAAGAAGAAUCGAGACGCUUCGAUGUCAAUGAUAUCGCUAUUAUAGGAGCUGGGCCGUGCGGUCUUGCAGCAGCCAAAUACCUCCUUGCUCAGAACGCCUUUAGGAAGAUCGACAUCUUUGAGCAGCAGGCAGAGGUCGGCGGAGUGUGGAACUACAGCCCGAGGCCUUCAGAGACGAUUCGCGUGCCUCAAGUGAGUGCUGACUGUCCCCCGGACCCGCCAUUGCCGUGUCGAGAAGGAGAGGCGCCCGUGUUCCCCUCGCCCAUGUACGAUGCCUUACAUACCAAUAUCCCCCGCGAUCUCAUGGAAUUCUCGGAUCUGCGCAUACCGGAGGAUACGCUCAUCUUCCCAUCUCGGGAAGAUAUCCAAAAUUAUGUGGUGGAAUACGCGAAAGAUAUCCGCCAUCUCAUCCGGUUCUCGACACAAGUGAAAGACGUUCGCUUGAGAGUGGUCGACGGCGUGGACCGGUGGGAUGUGGAUACGACGUGUCUGCUGACAGGAAAGACAACGAGCGCGACAUACGAUGCCGUCGUUGUAGUGUCCGGGCAUUACACUGCGGUGUACAUUCCUGAUGCAAAAGGGAUAGGUGAAUUCCAUGCAGCGCACCCCGGGGUCAUCUCGCACUCGAAACAUUACCGCAACCCCGAACGAUUCACCGGGAAGAAGGUUGUCAUUGUCGGAAACGCUGCAUCAGGGCUCGAUAUCGCAGCGCAAAUCAGUCGUGUCACGCAGAAGCCGUUGUUGCUAUCGGUACAGACGCCCACGUCGGAGGCCAACCUAGCGUACUCGGGAGCGGAGGAAGUUCCUGUGAUUGAGGAGUUCCUGGUCGAGGAAAGAGGCAUCAGGUUUCAGAACGGGCGAGUCGAGAAAGACAUCGACGCCGUCAUCUACGCCACCGGCUACCUUUUCGCUUUCCCCUUUCUGCGCUCACUCAAGCCGCCACUGGUGACGGAUGGGCGGAGAGUGUACGGACUGUACAAGCAUCUCUUCCACAUAGACCACCCGACUCUGGUCUUCACGAGACUCCCAAUAAAGGUGGUCCCGUUCCCGCUCGCCGAGAGCCAGGCGGCGGUUUUCUCGAGAACGUGGGCGAACUUGCUGCCGCUCCCAUCGGUUGAGGAAAUGAGACAGUGGGAGGCCGAGGAGGCAGAGAGACAGGGGACCAAAUUCCACGUAUGGCCCGAGGGCGGCGAUGCCAACUACAUCAACUCGGUUCACGACUGGAUCGUGCAGUCAAAGACACCGGGCAAAGUACCGCCGCGUUGGAGCCCGGAGUUGGUUUGGCAGAGGCAAAUCUACGCCAAGGCCAAGCUGCAGUUUGAGCUCAGCGGUAGGAAGGCUAGGAGUUUGAAAGAGCUCGGGUUCGAAUAUUCGCCAGAAGAGGGUGAUAAUUGA